AGUUUGCCAAGUGUGAGUGUUUUGGAAACAUAGUUGAGACUUAUUUGUGUGUGGUGGGAGGCAGCGGUGCAGACCAGCUUCCACCCGAUGGUCUUUUUUUAAACCUUCAACGCCGGGCGAGACAUACAUAUCUAAACAUGGACCAAUAUAACGAGUAUUCCUAAGAAAUGUGCCAGUAUUAGUUAUUUGUCUACCCAUAUCAGUAGCUAACGGUUUCACUAUGCCCGAUGGACAGUGUUCUUUGAAGCUUGGCAGUUCCUGAUGCAGGCCUAUUUUUUUCGAUCUGGAAAUUUCUUGACGGGAAACCAAGAUUGGGCAGCUUGGCUAGCUAUCCCAGUAUUACCCUUUUCGCUGCAUCCCCGACUCAAAUGAUGCGGGUUAUGUCGUUGCAUUGAUUUUGCAUGACCAUAUAAUCUACUUUUAGCUUUUUUUUAUUCAAACAGUAUAUUUUAUGGGAUUAGCGGUAAAUCAGAAACAAAUAUGGUGAAUUGGAGGCGGCUGCUGCGGGUAUCGAACCGCUCCUUUUUGGCCUUAAUUUUUUUCUUCUCCAUGUCUACGACGUGUCUCUACUUCAUAUAUGUUGCUCCUGGGAUAGUGCGUCUCAUCGCUAGCUGCUGCUGGGAGUUAAACCGUGGCAUUGGGCCGGUGACAGCGAAGGUUGUUCCUUUCUGGCCAAGAGGCUGAGGGAGAGAGAGCUCUAAUGCUGAUGACCCAACACCUACUUCUUCAUGGUGCAGGCCCAGGGUAUCAUGUUGAGGGAUAACGUGAGGACUAUUGGCCAGAUGAUCAGACUCUACACCAAUAAGAACAGUACCCUCAACGGCACAGAUUACCCAGAUGGCAGUAACUCCAGUGAAUAUAUGGUCCAACCAACCACAUACCUUCCUGAGAACUUCACAUACGCCCAGAACCUCCCCUGCCCAGAACGCUUACCUUCUAUGAAGGGUCCUAUAGAUGUGAAUAUGACUGAGAUUCCUAUGGAGGAGAUUGAUCUGAAGUUCUCUAAGUAUCUGGAUGUUCAGUUUGGUGGCCACUGGAAACCCAAGGACUGCAAACCACGCUGGAAGGUAGCCAUCCUGAUCCCGUUCCGUAACCGCCACGAGCACCUUCCCAUCCUUUUCCAGCACCUCACCCCCAUACUGCAGAGACAGAGACUGCAGUUCGCAUACUACGUCAUCGAGCAGUCUGGGACGCAGCCCUUCAACAGAGCCAUGUUGUUUAAUGUGGGUUUCCUGGAGGCCAUGAAGGAUCUGGACUGGGACUGUCUGGUGUUCCACGAUGUUGACCACAUCCCAGAGAAUGACCGUAACUACUACGGCUGUGGUCAGAUGCCUCGCCACUUCGCAGCCAAACUGGACAAGUACAUGUACCUACUACCGUACAGUGAGUUCUUCGGGGGCGUGAGUGGACUUACAGUGGAGCAGUUCCGCAAGAUCAACGGCUUUCCCAAUGCUUUCUGGGGCUGGGGAGGAGAGGACGAUGACCUCUGGAACAGAGUGCGCUAUGCUGGUCUGAACGUCACGAGGCCGGAGGGAGAGAUGGGUAAAUACAAGUCCAUCCCACACCACCACCGAGGAGAAGUGCAGUUCCUCGGCAGGUACAAGUUACUGAGGUAUUCCAAAGAGAGGCAGCACCUGGAUGGACUGAACAACCUCAACUACACCCCUGAGAUCUCCUUGAGCUCCCUGUACAAGAACAUCACCGUGGACCUCCACCCUGACCUGGCCCCCAUUACAGACUACUGAACUCUGACCAACUGUCCCUGACCUCGUCACACCCCCUCACACUCCAACUGGGACCCCAAAGCAGGGCAGAGGGGGGCUGGGGGUGUGGUGGGAGGCACACCGUGUAAUGCUGCCAAGAAACCUUACUCUGAAGAAAAUGUCCAACUAAAAUAUGAAAGCGGAAGGGGCAUAUAGGGUCUGUUUAAUCAAACAAUUGUGUGUUUUGUGAGGAUUGUGGAUGUUGAGAUGGGGGGGUGUGUGUGUGUGUGUGUGUGUGUGUGUGUGUGUGUCUCUGCAUGUCAAUGUGUCCAUGCUGGCUUUAGCUAUUAAGCUACUUAACAUCAACAUGUCAUAAUUCAGUAUGAGGAGGGAGAGGCAGUGUUGUUUUCACAUCAGAUGUUUACUGCAAAGCCUUAAAGUGUCAGGCUCAGCCUCAGAACCAUGGCUCUCUGGUUGCCUCCCAAACCACACCCUAUUUCCUAUAUAGUGCCCAGGGUCCUUAGUGCUCUGGUCAAAAGUAGUGCACUUUAUAGGGAAAAAGGUGCCAUUUGGGACUUUGCCUUUAUCUCACAGCUCAGCACAGUUUUCACUUUUAACGUCUCAGUACCAUCACCUUGCAAGCCAACAGACAUUUUGUGUCUUCACUUUAUAUCAUUUUUACACUGUUCGUUUAAAAAAAAAAUGAAACAUAUUUCUUAGAGGACAGGCGCUAAGUGAAGGUGACUUACUUGUGUAUUUGUGAUGUACAUUUUCUGAUAUGGUCAAAUGUUUUUUUCCUUUUUUAAAUCUUUUUUUCCUUUUUUUAACGGACGUUUUAAAGCACUAUCCUGUUUCUCUGUGUCACAUGAGUGUUUUGCUGUUCCUUUGCUGCACUGCUGACACGCAUGAUGCACAGAGCAUGUAUGUAAAUACUUGACUCUUAAAGCUCGAGCAUAGAACACGUAUGUAAAUAUUCAGCCUUUUAAAUGCUCAGAGCCUGUUAUUAUUCCAGUGGAUUUGAAUUUUGUUUUGGCAGCUACCUUCCUGAGGACUUACCUGGUUCUUCCAUUUAAAUGGGAAGAUGUUCUAACAAUAGAUGGCUUAAAAAAGAAAAAAUAUAUCAAUCUCUUAGGCUGACAUUCUUUUGCAUGCCUUAAUUUAUUUUAUUACAAGAUGUUUUUUUCUUUUAAUUGUAAUUUAUAUCAUUUUGAGAUGUCUAUAUUUUGUUCCAGUUUAGCCUUUUGUGUCUUUUUAUCCCUCGAGGUGCACUGUGUGGAAAGACUAACUGACGUUAUGAAGUGUGCUCCUGUACAGAAAGACGGGUCAGAGGACUACAGUAGCUCUGGUUCAGGGUGUUAUGUCAGGCUUGCUGAGCCUUCAACAGCAAGCCACCCGCAACAACCUGGAGCAGAGCUUAAGACUGCAGAUUCUAAAGCUGGAUGUCAUUUUUCCUCUGGUAUUUGUAGUCUGUUAUUAUGGAGGAGUUUAUACAGUGCGGACAGUGUUUGGUACAGGAUUAUGUUUCAGACGUGUGUGUGUGUGUGUGGCUCAUGUAUUAGGUAACUGGACCAUGUGUUUGAGCAUAUGUUAGGUGUCUUUAAUGAGUGUGAGCUUGCAGAUUGGGCAGCGUGUGUGUUUGUGUGUCUGAACCAAUUAUUUAUAUAUAUACUAGAUGACUGACGACAGGCGCUGUUUUGAAGCCACCGCCCCUCCAUCUUGGCACUCCCCCUACAUCGCAAAAAUGUAUUUUUGAAGCUGUAGAAAGGCAUUAAUGUUUAGCUCACAAUUUAAAAGUAUACAUUAAGUGUGUAAUAGAAUAAACAUAGAAAUAAUUUGUUUUCCUUAAAGUAUACUUUAUUGAAGUUGUAAUGCUACUGUCCCCAUUACAACAACAAAAAUACUUGUCAUUUUGUCCUUGAACCAUUUAAUUGAAAUGUUGUAGAAUUUCAUUCGUUCCUAUGGAGGACUGCUUCUUCUGUGGAGUGCCAAUAUUGCUGACCGGUGUCUUCAAAGCCUCUUACUAGCCAAUAGCAUUCGCAAUCCAGGGUUUGUAUACAGUAUUGGUCUGAACUGUGGUGUGUUCCUAAUAAGCUUGCAAGGUAUUGAGAGGGGCCAGAAUGAGAGAACAGCAGCUAAUGCAAACAGCUAACCCUGUUCUUGAAUGGCACAGACUGCAACUUGGGCCAUAAAGACUUGAAAUUCUUACAAUUUUUAGCACUACUAAGAUUAGCAAGGACAAAUGUAGGAGGUAUUUAAUUUUUUACCUGUUAGUGUUUUUUUCUUGUACAUAGUUUUCUCAUACACUUCAUAUUUAUGCGUAGAUUUACUUUUAUCUGUGUUUUUCUAGUGAUUUGUUCAUUUGUCAAAUGUACUUCUCAAGUAGAACUGCUCUAUCUAAACAGCCCAGGUUUUCUCCAUCACAGUACUGCAAGAAUGCAGGAGAAUGAGUGUGUGUGAAUCAAACUGUGAUAUUCCUGUCCUGUUCCAACCAUGGGGUUUGUUGGAAAUGGCACCCUGUGUCCUAUAGUGCACUACUUUUGACUGGACUCCUAUGCGUCCUGGUAAAAAGAAGUAAACUAUACGGGGAGUAGGGUGUCAUUUGGGAUGCAGCCUUGCUCUCUCCGUCCUGUCACUCUUGUAGUGCUGGGGAGGAACAGUCAUUUUUGCUCAUAAGCUAAAGUGGCUAACAAAGCACCAGGCUAAAGUCUGUGUUUGGUUUGGCUCAGAUGUGGCUACAACGGUCACAUAAGACCUCAAUGGUGUAUUUCUGACCAAUCAGAUGAGGUGAGACAGAAUAUAAAAAGACAUGGUAGUAAUGACAUUCUUUUGGAGGUGGUCAACUGUGCCAAAGUUCCACUUCUGAUACCCAUCAUCAUUCUACCUACCUCUCUUCUGCACUUAUCUCUACUCGUCUUUCCUUCCUUCCCCUUUUCAUUCUCCUCCCAUGAGAUCCUCUAUGGUGUCUCAGUAACUCGUCAGUGUUGAGAGAAACCUGACAGACUUAGUGUUGAUCAUAGGGAUCAGGGUUGAGGUAUUACGGGCCAUAUAUCUAUGACAUACUGUAUACAACGUAUAGCUCUGGGUAUUCGGGGUAUAGGUCAGUGUUGGGGGCUUCUCUUGUGCUAUGCCUUAUGCUCCGUAACAGAUUUUUGCAUAGGUGGAUAAAUGCUCUUGUUGUUUUUAUACGUUGCGGAAGAUGUGAGCAGUCUAGUUGUCGUCCCUCUUGAGGGCAUUAUGAGUUACUGUAGCAGAGACACUGAGUCGGUGGCUUCUUUCUCUGGAUCCCGUCAUCUUACUUGCUACAAAGGAUCUGCUUCUUUUUAUCUAAUCCUGUUUAUAUUGUCUCUUUCACUCUGUUCAGGGAACAGUUUGAAGAGAUUAAUUAUGGAAAGCAUCCAUCACUGGAGCUGGUCUAGGAUCAGUAUUCUGGCUGUGUCCCAAAUGGCCACACCCUCUGUUGUACAUAUUUAUUGUUAUUGCCUCUGAGGGGAGUGGGGGGAGGGAAGGGUAUGUUAGGGGGCUGCCGGGCAGUGUGCUGGCUACACCUGGUCACAAGUGGUUUGGUUUACACCCCCAGCCUACCUGUGAGGAGGGCAAUGACUCCCCUCACCCUUCCUACUGCCUCUCUAUUGUUUUUGUUUUUUUCAAAUGACUAUAUUCACCACUACACAAUUAGUAAUGUGGACUAUUACAUUUUUGCAGUAUUCAUAUUUGUGCCUUUUUUUAUUUUUCUCUCGGUUUUCACUUUGCAUUCUUGGUUGAAAGAUACAGUAAAGGUUUGGAUUGUUUUUGAACUGAAGUUAGAGUGCACUUUUUCUUUUUUCUAAAUCAAUUUUUUUUUAAAUUCAGAUUAAGACGCACGAUACAUUUCCAUGACAAUGGGCUGAGUAGGUGUGUAUCAAUGUUUGUCCGUAAUCAAUUUUUCUGCUGUUCAAUCAGAGGUCUGGCUGCUUGGACCAUGUACAAUCCUCUUGAAUCCUCAGCUCUCCGGUCUCCUCAAUAUGCUCUGCUCUGUUUGAACAAAGAGUCAUAACUGGAGCCAGAGGGCAGACUCUCGCGUUACUACCGUCUGCCAGGAAGUGCAGGAUGACGCAGAGGAAGUAGUGACUUUUUUUAAUUGCAGUCUGUCGGAUUAGUGUCAUCUGGUCUACAAAUCAUAAAUUCUCAUUUGAGGUCAGGCAUAUUCAUUUCGACUUUGUGGGUUUGUAAUAUUUAGAUUGUUCGGAGAAUAAAUUUGUGAAAAUAUAAAGACCUUAAUUCGUUGUAGCGCCUACUCAUGCGCCACACACCUUCUCGCAGUUCUGUCUUGUUCUGAAAUUUCGUUGCCUAUAAUCAUGUGCUAUAAUUCCCCCCCCCCCAGACAUCAGACAACUUUUUACAUGGUGAAGCUGACCGGUUAGCCAUCUUGUCAAUCUUCCACAAUCUUUGGUAUAACAGCCAGUAAAAGAGUACUAGAGUUGAACUGUUAGACUUUGUAAAGUUUUUCUUUUUGUCAACAAAAGAUGAAUAAACAACUUCAUUGCCAGGUUCUGGGAAA